UCCCCGUGCGUCUGCAGACAGACCCUCUUGGAGAUUGCCUUAGGUGACCUGGACUUCCGUAUUACUGACCGGUCUUAUCGUGUUACGUUUAAAGUUUAUUUUUGUUACAUUUUUAUUUGGGAUUUAAUAAAUGCCGAAGUGUGUGUGUUACUAUUUUAGUGUAGUCUCAUUUGUUCAUUAAACACACAGAGAGGAGCCGUGUUUGGAGUGAAUUCUGAGACGAUGACCCCAUGGCUGCGAAUUCACUCAACAUUUACAAAGCUGAAUCGUUCUCUGGGUGUUUUGGCGAAUGUUCGUCAGGGCAGCAGCCUCAGACCUGGCCCUCUGCUCUCUGCUGACCCCUGCAGGGCGCUCAUUGAUGAAAAGGUGCUGAUUAGAGCCCGUUUCCUGCCUCCUCUGGCUCCGGUUACUCUGUCCACUCAGAUGUUCUGUGAGGACGGAGACCUGUGGCAGUCCUACGCACACUACAACACAGACUCAGAGGGAACUGUCAACUUGUGCACACAUUCUUCAGUCGGGGGCUCGUUCCUCGGCUGUGAACCGAUGGGGCUGUUCUGGAGUCUGAAGCCGGCUCCAGGAGAGAGAGAGGGACUAAGGUUGAGAAAGAGGGACACGUACACUCCCUAUGUGUUUAAAGUGUCUGUUUUGGAGGGCCACGUUUCUCCAGGCCACCGGGGAGCAGAGCGCACAGAGCUGGCCUCCAUCUCCACUGAGCGCUGGUACAUGGCUCCAGGGGUUAAGAGGAUCGAGAUCCGACAAAAUGGACUUGUAGGGACCUUAUUCCUACCCCCAGGUCCUGGUCCAUUCCCGGCCAUUUUAGAUCUUUGGGGGAUAAUUGGAGGUUUGGUGGAGUACCGCUCGGCUUUGUUAGCAUCCAGAGGCUAUGCUAGCUUGUCCCUGGCCUACCUUGGGCACAAGGAUCUGCCCGGGCCACUAAAUGCAAUCAAUGUUGGGAACGCAUACUUCAAGACAGCGUUUAAGUUCCUCCAGGACCAUGAUCAAAUUUGUCGGGACAGAGUGGGGAUCAUGGGCGUCUCUUAUGGAGGUUACCUGGCUCUCAGAACAGCUACUUUACCUGAAGUUAAGCCAUCCUGUUUGAUUUGCAUAAACGGACCAGUGGGCAGCACGAUUCCACUCACUGAUGAAGGGAGAGCUGAAGAUUUCAAUCUUCACCAAAAACACUGGAAUUUCAACAAUGAUGGCCAUGUCACUUUCAAGGAAGCUUCUCUCCCGGCGGACAUGCCACCAUCACACAUAGUCCAGAUGGAGAAGAUUCCUUGUCCGGUCUUGUACAUUGCUAGUGGGGAUGACUUGAGUGGGUAUGCUGCAGAGAACGCUGAUCUGUUGAAGCAGACCCUAAACGCCUGUGGUAAGGGUCACCUGUUCAACCAUCUGUCAUAUCCUGGAGCUGGGCACAUCAUUGAGCCACCGUUUUCCCCCAGCACCCGAAUGUCUCUGUGGACUGUCAAACCAAAGAAAUGUGUUUUGGCGAAUGUUCGUCAGGGCAGCAGCCUCAGACCUGGCCCUCUGCUCUCUGCUGACCCCUGCAGGGCGCUCAUUGAUGAAAAGAUGUGGAUUAGAGCCCGUUUCCUGCCUCCUCUGGCUCCGGUCACUUUGUCCACUCAGAUGUUCUGUGAGGAUGGAGACCUGUGGCAGUCCUACGCACACUACAACACAGACUCAGAGGGAACUGUCGACUUGUGCACACAUUCUUCAGUCGGGGGCUCGUUCGUUGGCUGUGAACCAAUGGGGCUGUUCUGGAGUCUGGAGCCGGCUCCAGGAGAGAGAGAGGGACUAAGGUUGAGAAAGAGGAACAUGCACACUCCCUAUGUGUUUAAAGUGUCUGUUUUGGAGGGCCACGUUUCUCUAGGUCACCGGGGAGCAGAGCACACAGAGCUGGCCUCCAUCUCCACUGAGCGCUGGUACAUGGCUCCAGGGGUUAAGAGGAUCGAGAUCCGACAAAAUGGACUCGUAGGGACCUUAUUCCUACCCCCAGGUCCUGGUCCAUUCCCGGCCAUUUUAGAUCUUUGGGGGAUGGGUGGAGGUUUGGUGGAGUACCGCUCGGCUUUGUUAGCAUCCAGAGGCUAUGCUAGCUUCUCACUGGCCUACCUUGGGCACAAGGAUCUGCCCGGGCCGCUAAAUACAAUCAAUGUUGGGAACACAUACUUCAAGACAGCGUUUAAGUUCCUCCAGGAUCAUGAUCAGAUUUGUCGGGACAGAGUGGGGAUCGUGGGCUUCUCUUAUGGAGGUUACCUGACUUUGAGAACAGCAACUUUACCUGAAGUCAAGCCAUCCUGUUUGAUUUGCAUAAACGGACCAGUGGGCAGCACCGUUCCACUCACUGAUGAUGAAGGGAGAGCUGAAGAUUUCAAUUUUCACCAAAAACACUGGAAAUUCAAUGAUAAUGGCCAUGUCAUUUUCAAGGACGUCUCACUCCCCGCAAAUCUACCACCAUCACACAUAGUCAAGAUGGAGAAGAUUCCUUGUCCGGUCUUGUACAUUGCCAGUGGGGAUGACUUGAAUGCGUAUCCUGCAGAGAACGCUGAUCUGUUGGAGCAAACUCUAAAUGCCUGUGGUAAGGGUCACCUGUUCACCCGCCUGUCGUAUCCUGGAGCUGGGCACCUCGUCGAGCCUCCAUUUACCCCCAACGCCCGAAUGGGUCUGUGGAGCGUCAAACCAAAGAAACUGUUUACUCUUUGGGGUGGACAACCAGCCCCACACGCUGUGGCCCAGGAGGACGCAUGGAGAAAGGUGCACCAGUUCAUGGAAACUCACCUCAGAGGAGACAGAGGGUGUUUUGGCGAAUGUUCGUCAGGGCAGCAGCCUCAGACCUGGCCCUCUGCUCUCUGCUGACCCCUGCAGGGCGCUCAUUGAUGAAAAGAUGUGGAUUAGAGCCCGUUUCCUGCCUCCUCUGGCUCCGGUCACUUUGUCCACUCAGAUGUUCUGUGAGGAUGGAGACCUGUGGCAGUCCUACGCACACUACAACACAGAC